AAGAAUCCCCAGGCUGCAUUAGGGGGUUUAAAAAUCUGUGACUCCACAAACAUGGCCAGAGAGGAAAAAACGACUUUUUCUGCUAGAAAUACGGAUGCAAAAAGGCCAGAGCCUGCGCUAAAAAAGGAAAUGGCUCCUCCUACAAAAUUGGUUUAUACGCAAUCACUAAUCGAUCCCAUCCCAAUGCUAUCUGGUGACGCAAGUGGCAGUGCUCAAUCAGCUAAUAAAGAGGAAAAGAGAACCAAGAUGUCGGAUAAAGAGGUAGCAGAAAAAUUGCAAACUAUUGUGAGUAUAGGAGAUCCCAAGAAAAAAUAUACCCGAUACGGAAAAAUAGGACAGGGGGCUUCUGCUACUGUUUUCAUCGGGAAAGAUGUUGAGACAGGACAGGCGGUUGCUAUAAAAGAAAUAAAGCUACGGAAACAAUCCAAAAAGGAGUUGAUUAUUAAUGAGAUCUUGGUCAUGAAAGAGCUGAAGAACCCAAACAUAGUCAAUUUUCUGGACAGUUAUCUGGUUGGAGAUGAACUGUUAGUUGUCAUGGAGUAUCUGGCUGGCGGAUCCCUUGCCGAUAUAGUCACAGAGAUUUGUAUGGAUGAGGCACAGAUUGCUGCUGUCUGCAGAGAGUGUUUGCAGAUUACUCCAGAGCAAAGCAAACAUAGCACAAUGGUUGGAACGCCGUGUUGGAUGGCUCCUGAAAUUUUGACACAGAAGGGUUACGGCCCUAAAGUGGACAUCUGGUCUCUAGGUAUUGUGGCCAUUGAAAUGGUUGAUGGCGAACCUCCCUAUCUCGAUGGACACCCUUGGAGGGCAUUGUGUUUAAUAAUAGCCAAUGGCACCCCGGCCCUGCAAAGCCCAGAGAAGCAGUCUCCGGUAUUCCGUGACUUUUUACAUAGCUGUCUGGAAAUGGAUGUAGAGAAAAGAGGGUCGGCCGAAGAACUGUUACAGCAUCCUUUCUUGAAACUUGCAAAACCUUUGUCAAGUUUGACCCCAUUGAUUCUAGCAGCCAAAGAAGUCAUGAAGAGUAUUCGCUAGCAUUGCUGUUGUGGUCUUUAUCAUUCCUGCUUUUGUUCGUUUGUUGGCUUUGUUUGUUGCUUCCUAAUAUACAAGUUGGUGAUCUUUUUAGGGAUGUUGAAAGCCUGCAGCGGGGGAGGGGGGAUAAUCACCUCAACUUGAAGAAAAAUGGUGAUAAUAGUGAACUUUUCUGCAAGUCUUGGAAGUUGUAAACUGAAUCACUGGCCUUUUCAACACUUCUACAAAUAAUUCAAAUAUAUUUUGCUAUGCCUAUGAGUUGUUUGGCUUUGGUGCACAUUCCCAUCUACGUUCUAAUUUGAGCACUUGCAACUGGUUCAAACUUUUAGAGGGAGGUAUUACUUUACUCUGCUGACCUUUUUUCACCUUAGUUUUUUUUUUUAGGCAGUGAUUGAAACUAUGGGAACUUUUGAGUUAUUUAAAACAGAUAAAAAUGUGCAAGUUCUUAGGGAAUCUUGAAAUGCAUCUUGUAUCCUUAAGAAGUACUUGGCGAGAAUGGAAAAGACCAAAAAUGUAGAGAUGAUGUAGCUGUGGAACAGCAAAUUAGAAACCAGAAUAGGAAUCAUAAUGAAAAGAGAGAAUUUAUCAGAAUUUAUUUUUUAAAAAAGCAUCAGGGAGAUCAUUGGGAAGAGAAAACUCAUUUUAAAUUUGGAUCUUUAAAUUUCUGCUGUUUCGUUUGUUAAGAUUAAUUUGGGGAUGAGGCUAUGAGAAUAUGUGGUGUCAGGUACUGUAACUACUAUGGUUUGGAAUAAUUACAAUUGUUUGGGGGGAGGAAGACUUCUCACCAGUUGUGCCCUGAGAACAGCUAAAAGGAUCAUAAUGUCUAUUGUGUGGCAGAUAUGUUGAACCUCCCGAGUCUUCAGUUAUAAUAGGACAUUAAAUUCAAACCCAUUAGAUAACCUGGACAUUGCUGCUAUCACCAAUCUUGCAACUAUGGCUUGGUUAGUAAAUUAUCAUUUCAAUAAGUCUAUUUACAGAUAAUAACUAUGGAGACAUUGUAGGGUUUCAUGUAUUUGGAAUGUUAAUUACAAGUUCUACCUCUAGCUAUAAUAAUCAAGGGAGAUACAGCAUUUUUUGGUGAGUUUACUAUAAAGAUCCAGAUUAGAAACAUUCUGAGCAAAGAAGAUGAGUUUCAGCCAUUAUUGAAGCAA